CGCCAGGAAAGUUCGAAGUUCCAGAAAGUCCCGUAAGAACGCGUUAAGUAAGGAAAAGCGCGCGCGCUCCUUUGACCCUACGCUCUAAAUUUACACUGCUCGAAUUGCAGGCAAGCAGUAAAGUUCAAAGUGUUUGUAGUAAUACAUAGGAUAACGCAUCCUUUCACACAUACAUACGUUGCCGACACACCAAGUGGAUACGAACAAACACAUACAAACGCAUGAAGCUCUGCUCUCCACUCCGUACUUGUGCGGCGCUAUGUGGGUAGGAUGUGGUGUGGUAAGCCGCAACGGUGCUUUCUAUUGAAUGCGAAGUGUAAGCGUGUAUGUGGCAACACUCCACCCCACCAACACUCUCCAAUAUUACUCGUAUUACAACCGUUCGGUGUACAUAACUGCAUACGAAUGCAAAACUGAAUAAUCAUUAGAAAGCAAAAUGUGUGGAAAAUAAAGAGUGAAAAAAGUGAAAAAAAAGAAAACAACAAAGAAACGAAAACAAACCAAAAGGAUAGUGAAAUACAUACGAACAAACAAGGAUUGGCGAAGUUUUUUAGCCUCUACGCGUUCGUGGUGUUCGUCGUGGCCGCAGCGGCUAAGGACGUAAUCAGGCUCCUAUUUCGCUACAACGGACAGCAUGUUACCAAAAAUAUGAACCAAAAUGACUAGCAAUCUUCUAUUCGCUAGAAAUUUAUAUGCGUAACACGCGCACUUAAUACGCCGACAUAAACACAUGCAACAUUUGAGGAGGUACAACUAAAAAGACAACAACAACAACAUAUAAAUAUCCCCAGAGACCGCGCUAUCACAUUACCAGCCACGAAAGAUGCAUCAAGUGCUGAGCUAUGAGACCGCUGUACGUGCCAACAGUUCCCGCGAGUUCCGCGAGUAUGUCACCAAACGCACUUGCGUCAGUCUCGUGCUCACAAUAGCCUUCCUGACGCUCAUACUGGGCUAUUUGCUGGGCAAUUUCGUGUCGGAGCGUAAAUAUCAAAUGCGACUGAACAAGGCGGCCGGCAAAGGAGUGGGACCGCCGCACACGGUGGAAGUGAGCAGCGCCGAUUAUGCAAAUCUCAAAGAAAUCAAUGCUUACCAAAAGAACAAAGACAAGCUUUUGAGCUCGGCACAAUCGCUCAGUGAGUUAUUGAAGCGCGAUCAAAGCUAUCCGGCGAGUUCCAUCAAUACGGACAUAUUCAACAAGUACAUAUCGUGCACACAGGAUAUACCGCCCAGCACCAGCAUCGACUACAGCCAAUUCAUCGAGCAGUUGGUGGACAAUACGGCGGCGCGGCAACGCGAUUGCUUGCGUGUGAUUCAGUUGAUUAUUGAUAAUCACAUGAGCGGUGACACGAACUGAACAUACAAGGGCGAUGUCACGCUUGCGGAGGGGAAUGUGAUAAAGCAGCGAAUGCAAUAUGCUUAAAUAGGCAAAAGCGGUUGGUUUGUGCGGAAGUGGGCGUGGCUGAUUAUGAUUUUAUAUAUACAUAUAUGUAUAAGUAUAUCGACAUCUUUCAUAGUGGGCCAAAAACUUUUUUAUAAUAUCAAUGUAUAUUAUUUUUGUAAAGAUUUUUUCUAAAUAUAUACAUACAUACAUAUAC